AUGGUAUUUCUCCCUUUUUUCCCAGCCCUCUCCUGCCCACCCCACAGCCACUAUGAGCUCUGCACCCGUACCUGCGACUUCACUUGCGCCAGCCUCUCCGUGCCGGCCCCGUGCAGCUGGACAUGCUUCGAGGGCUGCCAGUGCGACGAUGGGUACCUCUUCGACGGAGAAGCCUGUGUGUCCCUGGAGCAGUGUGGCUGCAUGCACCAGGGACGGUAUUUCAAGGCGGGUGAGACCAUCAUCUCCAGCAACUGCUCCACAAAAUGCAAUUGCCACCUGUCCCAGGGACUUGUCUGUGAGGACAUACAGUGUCCCCCGGAUGAGGUCUGCGCCACGCAGGACGGGGCGCAGCGGUGCGUCAAGCGAGUAGGCCAGUGCCGGGUUUCCCCGGGGGCCUCCUUGACCACGUUUGACGGUGCCGGGGGAAGGCUCCUCGCUAGCGGCACCUACAAAGUGGCCGCCCUUUGCAACGAACAGUCACCCAACUGGUUCAAGGUGGUGGUGGAGGUCAGCGAGUGCCGGGACGACACCAUCCCCGCUGCCGUGGCCGUCUUCAUCUUCUUCCGCGAAGCUUUUAUCACUGUGAAUAACAACAUGGAGGUGUGGGUGAAUGGUCUUUUCACCCGCCUUCCAGCUGUGGUGUCCGAAGCCAUUUCCUUGAGUGCGGUAGCGGGGAACAUCACCGUCUCCCAUACGUCGGGGAUGGAUGUGCUCUUUAGCCCCAGCGGGGAGAUGACGGUGACCGUAGGGGCCGCCUUGGUCAACCGGCUCUGCGCUCCCUGUGGCAACUUCAAUGGUGACCCCAGCGAUGACCUGAAGCUGCCUGAUGGCCGGACUGUGAGGAGCAUCGCAGAGGUUGUGGAUGCCUGGAAAGCCAGGGAUUUUGCGGGAUGCCGCGUCUCCAACCUCGUGCGGAUGGAAGCGGAAGCCCCCGUCUACCCUAUGCAGUAGGCGAAACCACGAGGGGACUGAUGCGAGAGGACAGUUUCCACAUGCACACCAGUUCAUGCGCUUCUUGUAAAUGCUCCUGCAGAGGCUUUCAUGCCUCUAGAGGCACCAGCCGGCGUCUCAGGUUGAGUUUCUGCAAGCGCAGAAGGAAAACCAGCACUGAGCUAUGAUGGAUGUCUACAGCAGCAGGUCGCACGGCCUCAAAUACCUGCAAAAAAAGGGCAAACGCUUGAUCUGGCCUCAAAUCGGUGAGAAAAAAGGUGUAUUUUGAAAACCUGAUCUGCUCCAGGUAGAGCCCAAAGCCGAGAUGAUCCGUCUGCACCGGAGUGGCCUGAAGGAAAGCGAGAUAAACGCCUCGAGCCAAAAUAAAUGUAAAAUUGAGAUCAACAGACCCAAAUCCCAGCCAUUUUUCCCCAGGAAGGCACUAUUCCCAUUGACUGUUUUCAGUAUAACGCUGCCUGCUGCUGGGUAAAUCAAUAAACACUUU